UUUCAGUUCAUGUCGACCACUCCGUCGAGUCGACUAAAAAUCCUCAUCACAAAAUAAAGUCGACGAUUACUCGACAAAAUGUCAUAUGUUGCUUUAAAUUGUGAACUGCAAACGUGAAAAGAGGAAGAAUGUAAACAAAUAAAAACUUGUAAAACCGCCAGAAAUGUGUUUUGAGUAGGAAAAUAUAUCAAACGGCUUAAAUAAAUGGAUACCAUUGCUAUAUUUUUUAUAAAUGAAGAAAGAUCUGCUGAUAACUUGUCACAGUCUCGAAAAAACAUAAGAAACCGCUCCAACUUCUUAAAUAUAUGUGAUAAAGAGUUUGUGCAACAUUUUCGAUUAACAAAAGAUGCUUUCAAGUACGUGCUAACUGAAAUCAAAGACAAAUUGAAAAAACGUUCCCGUACAUCCGCUGUGUCGGCAGAAUUAAAAUUUGCAGCUACCUUAAGAUUUCUAGCGGAGGGAAGCUAUCAACUUGGAGCCGGUAAUGAUUUAAAUAUAGGCAUUGCGCAGUCGACUAUGUCUGGAGUCCUAAAGGAGGUGCUAGAUUGUCUGGAAGAACAAAUUUGUCCAAAGUGGAUAACAAUGGAAAUGACUAAUGAAGAAAAGAUGGAAGCAAAACAACAUUUUUAUGAAAAUACCCACUUUCCUGGGGUUAUUGGUUGUGUGGAUGGUACCCACAUUAGAAUAAUUACUCCGUGUAAGGAUCAGCAACAUAUGUAUUUCAACAGAAAGGGGUUUUCCAGUCUGAACGCAAUGAUUGUGUGUGAUCAUAAAAUGCGGAUUCGGUACAUUGACGCACGGUACCCCGGAGCUAGUCAUGAUGCAUUGGUGUGGAAUACCAGUGAACUAAGGCGAAUGAUGCAACAAAACUACGAGAAUGGGGAAAGGAAUUCGUGGAUUUUAGGGGAUGCAGGAUAUCCUCUGGAACCAUUUUUAAUGACACCGUAUCGGGCAGCUGAACUGAAUAGCUUGGAGAGCAAGUAUAACAUUGCACACGCCAAAGCACGGAACAUAGUGGAGAGAACCAUCGGGGUCUUAAAAAAUAGAUUCCGGUGCCUGCUUUCUGCUCGUCAGCUGCAUUACUCUCCAACAAAAGCAACAAAAAUUGUUAACGUAUGUGCUGCGUUACAUAACAUUUGUUUGUUCUACAAUGCUCCCUGUAUCGGGCAAUUAGAAAACCAGGAGAGCCAUGGAACACAUUUAAGCCUAGAUAUGCCAACAAGUUCUGACAAUAAUAAUGUAGCAAUUCGCAUAAGAGACGGAAUAAGGAACUCAAUGUUUAUUGAACAUUAA